AUGGGAUUCAAGAAGUAUUUUGAAUUGAUUUCUCAUCUUCUUGUCGUGAAACAACAUAAUAAUUUUUUAAUGAAAAAUCAUGAAAGUCGACCUCCUGGUACUGCUCUAUUCCCUGAAGUGAAUGCUGCAUAUUUUCAUCAAACCAGGCAUGAAAGAAGCCCUGGCCCUAUUCGUGAUCGUGACCGUGGUCGUGCUAGAUAUUUUAAUCAUGGUGAUCUCCAUGCACUAAACAAUGACCCUCAGCACCAACAGUUUAAAAAGAAGGGUGAAGCUCCUGAAGCAGCGUCAAGGACGAACACUAAAAAUAAAUGUUGUCGAUGUGGAGGAAACGGGCACUGGUCGCGUAUAUGUCGUACGUCAAAGCAUCUGGUGAAACUCUAUCAGGUGUCCUUUAAGAAAUCAGAUAAUGACGUUGAGGCAAAUCAUAUCUCUGAAGAUAACACUGAGCCCAUGAACUUAGAUGCCUCAGAUUUCUUUAUAAUUUCCAAAGGAUAUGAUGAGUGUUAA